CAUAAGCAUAGCAUACGCAGAGUGACGUGACGUGGCCAUGGACCACCAAGUGACGGCGUAGCUAAAAUAUGUUUCCCUUGUGAUUAGAAAAAAGUGCUUCAAGCUGCUUUACCGCGUUCGGAUGCUUCGUUUCGUCCAGCCGAUCUCGUAGCAGAAUCGCCCUUCCUCCGAGCGAAUCUGACAACGACAAGGCAACAGCAGCAUAAUGACUACCUACGAGGAAUUUAUUCAACAAAACGAGGACAGGGAUGGGGUGCGCUUCACCUGGAACGUCUGGCCGUCGUCUCGCGUCGAUGCCACCAGAUUAGUCGUGCCCCUGGGUACGCUCUAUCAACCGAUCAAGGAGCGCCCUGACCUUCCGCCGAUUCACUAUGACCCAGUGCUCUGUACUAGGUCCACUUGUCGGGCCAUCUUGAAUCCCCUCUGUCAAGUGGACUAUCGAGCAAAGCUCUGGGUCUGCAAUUUCUGCUUCCAAAGAAAUCCGUUUCCAGCACAAUACAGUGCCAUCUCAGAGCAACAUCAACCAGCUGAAUUGAUACCAAUGUUUUCAACCAUCGAGUAUACUAUUAUGAGGGCACAAAGUUUACCACCAAUAUUCUUACUUGUUGUUGAUACGUGCUUGGACGAGGAGGAGUUGACGGCAUUAAAGGAUUCGUUGCAAAUGUCGUUAUCUCUAUUGCCACCCAAUGCUUUGAUUGGUCUUAUAACAUUUGGUAAAAUGGUACAAGUUCACGAAUUGGGCUGUGAAGGAUGCAGCAAGAGUUACGUGUUUCGAGGUACGAAAGAUCUACAAUCCAAACAAGUGCAAGAUAUGCUAGGAAUAGGAAGACCGGUUCCUGGACAGAAUCCCAAUCAGAGAGGACCAACUGGACAACUUUUGCCACCAGCCAACAAAUUUCUACAGCCUGUGCACAAGUGUGACAUGAGCUUGACGGAUCUGUUGGGAGAGUUACAGAGGGAUCCAUGGCCUGUUGGAUCUGGAAAGCGCUCGCUUAGAUCGACGGGGGUUGCUCUUUCAGUCGCCACAGGUUUGCUGGAAGCCAGCUAUGCCAAUACCGGAGCCAGGAUAAUGCUGUUUGUGGGAGGUCCAUGUUCUCAAGGUCCUGGACAAGUUGUCACCGAUGAUCUUAGGCAGCCCAUUAGAUCUCACCACGAUAUUCAGAAAGAUAAUGCUAAACACAUGAAAAAAGCAACAAAACACUACGACAGCUUGGCAACUAGGGCAGCUGCCAAUGGGCACAUUAUAGAUAUUUAUUCUUGUGCUCUUGAUCAAACUGGAUUGUUAGAGAUGAGACAAUGCUGCAAUUCAACUGGUGGUCACAUGAUAAUGGGAGAUUCCUUCAAUUCGUCGCUUUUCAAGCAAACAUUCCAACGUGUAUUUGCCAAAGAUCCCAAGGAGGAUUUGAAAAUGGCUUUUAACGCAACUUUAGAAGUUAAGACUUCUCGUGAAUUGAAAGUAUCAGGUGCCAUAGGCCCCUGCGUGUCAUUAAAUGUUAAAGGACCUAGUGUUGGAGAACAAGAAAUUGGUUUGAGUGGCACUUGUCAAUGGAAAUUUUGUUCUCUCACACCUUCCACGACAACUGCAUUGUUCUUUGAAGUUGUUAAUCAGCAAGCGGCUCCCAUUCCUCAAGGUGGCCGCGGUUGCAUACAGUUUAUCACUCAAUAUCAACAUAGUAGUGGUCAACGAAGAAUUCGAGUUACAACUGUCGCAAGAAAUUGGGCGGAUGCUUCAUCCUCUUUACAUCACAUUGCUGCUGGAUUCGAUCAAGAGGCAGCAGCAGUUCUAAUGUCCCGACUUGCAGUAUUUAGAGCCGAAACGGAAGAAGGUCCUGAUGUUCUACGCUGGGUCGAUAGAAUGCUGAUACGACUUUGCCAGAAAUUCGGUCAAUAUGAAAAGGACGAUCCAAAUAGUUUCAGACUAGCAGACAAUUUUUCACUCUAUCCUCAAUUUAUGUACCAUCUGCGUAGAUCGCAGUUCCUUCAGGUUUUUAAUAAUUCGCCAGAUGAAACAACUUUUUAUAGAAACAUGUUGAUGCGAGAGGAUUUAACGAAUUCGUUAAUCAUGGUUCAACCCGUAUUGUACAGUUACGGAUUUAGUGGUCCACCAGAGGCUGUUUUACUGGAUACAUCAUCUAUACAGCCUGACAGAAUUCUGUUAAUGGACACCUUUUUCCAAAUUCUUAUAUUCCAUGGAGAGACAAUAGCUCAAUGGCGUCAACUGAAAUACCAAGAUCGUCCAGAAUACGAAAAUUUCAGUCAACUAUUGGAAGCUCCUGUAGCUGAUGCUAAUGAGAUAUUAGUGGGAAGAUUCCCAGCUCCUAGAUACAUUGAUACUGAACAAGGUGGUUCUCAAGCUAGAUUCCUUCUUAGCAAAGUCAACCCUAGUCAGACACACAACAACAUGUAUGCUUAUGGAGCGGAGAGUGGAGCUCCAGUACUGACAGAUGAUGUAAGUCUACAAGUAUUUAUGGAACACUUAAAAAAACUUGCAGUGUCAUCAACAGCUUAAUAAAUGCAUCGAAAAUCAACACAAUAGAUAUACGCAUAUUAUAUAUUAUUGUUGUACAAUAUAAGAAUUUUUAUAUUUUACAUGUAAAGUGAUGUGUAUUCGCUGAGGGCUGUAAGGUUUGAUUUGUUCAUAAUAACGCAACACAUGUACCUUUUGUAAUGAAAAAAAAAAAAAAAAAAUUCAGCGGUGCAUGUAAGUUAUA